GGGAGCCGGCCGGCGGAUGUAAGCGGGAGCUGUGCGCCUGCGUGUGCGGCCACAGAGCGCGGGGCCCCCGUGUAAACAGGCGGACAGACGCCCCUCGCUCCCACACAAACACUCACUCCCAUCCUCCCUCCAUCUCUCCCUCAUUCACCAUGGCCAAAGUACAGGUGCUGAACGUGGUCGUCCUGGACAACCCAUCUCCCUUCAACAACCCCUUCCAGUUUGAGAUCACAUUCGAGUGCAUCGAGGACCUGCCGGACGACCUGGAGUGGAAAAUUAUCUACGUGGGCUCUGCCGAGAGCGAGGAGCACGACCAGGUGCUGGACUCGGUGCUGGUGGGACCUGUCCCAGCUGGGCGUCACAUGUUUGUGUUUCAGGCUGAUGCCCCAAAUGCGAGUCUUAUCCCGGACGCUGAUGCAGUUGGUGUGACUGUGGUGCUCAUCACGUGCACGUAUAGAGAUCAAGAGUUUAUUCGUGUCGGCUAUUACGUGAAUAAUGAAUACACUGAUCCUGAAUUAAAGGAGAACCCACCGAUGAAACCAGACUAUGCCAAACUCCAGCGAAAUAUUUUGGCUUCAAAUCCAAGAGUUACAAGGUUCCACAUCAAUUGGGAAGGCGUUAGUGAAAAAAUGGAAGAUAUUGAGAAUGUUGACCCAAGUUCAAAUACAAUGCUGCCUCCCACUUGUACACCCCUGAAGGGACUUGGCACAGGAGGUGCACUGAGUAUAGUUCCGGAGAAUUCAAUGGACUGUAUGUGAAACCACCUUGUGACGGCAAUGAAAUGGACCACAUUUUUUUUACCCAGGGGUUUGUUAGCUUUUGGAUUUAAUUGAAAGGAGUAUUUGUCAGACCUCAGUAUCCCAGAAGGCAUUAAACCAGCAAAAGGAGGAGUGCAAGGUGUGCCAGUUCCCAUUCUGGGUCCACAGCAAUUGCGGUGGUUAUAACUGCCAUCUGUGAUUUAUGGUGAGCUGGCUUCUUUUGCCCAAAUGAUGGUUAUUGGUAAAAUUCAGUUGGUGUUUGUUGUAAAUUAGCCAGAAAUAAAUGUGUAACUACAGAACUUGUUUGUGGUUUUGUUUCUGCUGUGUAAGUCCAGGACAGGUUUGGGGUAGGGGGCAGGGUUGGAUAAGUCUGGUUUGUUGAAUGUGUUUAAUGCCUCUAAACUAGAACCAAAAGCUGGUCAUUUUGAGAGCUUCAGUUACCUACUGACUAGACAAGCUAUAGCCACUUGCUUUGUGGUCUCAGCAAUGAUGCUUGGAACUUUCAAAAGAUGUGGAGUUGCCAUAUCCAGCAAUGCAACUCAAUGUAAUAUAACCUGGGAGUUUAAUUUGGUUGUAUGAAUAUCAGCUUCCCAGUGAAAUUGUCUUCAGAAUCUUUCUGAGGAAACUAUUUUGUAACUUUUAAUAUGUACUUUGUAAAUCGUGAUCCAAACCUGCCUGCAUUGACUCUAUUGGACAAGAGAAUUAAAAAUGUUUAAAUUCAAAAGAUAAGCUUUAUAAAACAUUGGUUCUGAAAACUGCAACCUUUUUUUACAAAUGUUAGUGACGUAGCAUUGUAUUGUCUUUGCCUGAAUAAAAGCACUUGUAAAUGCA